UGUCUCUUUCUGGUAGGUCAUAGAUCAGCACACAGACUCGGAAGACAAAAACAAGCUCUUCUACAAUGUCGUACAGACGAGAGCUAGAGAAAUACCGAGACCUGGAUGAAGACGAAAUCCUCGGAGCCCUCACAGAGGAAGAGCUCAGGACGCUGGAAAACGAGCUGGAUGAGCUGGACCCUGAUAAUGCACUGCUGCCUGCAGGCCUGAGGCAGAAGGAUCAGACCACCAAGGCGCCCACGGGCCCCUUUAAAAGGGAGGAGCUCUUGGAUCACUUGGAAAAGCAAGCAAAGGAGUUUAAGGACCGAGAAGAUCUGGUCCCCUACACAGGGGAAAAGCGAGGAAAAGUCUGGGUCCCCAAGCAGAAGCCGAUGGCUCCCGUGCUGGAAAGCGUGACGCUGGAGCCGGAGCUGGAGGAGGCCUUGGCAAACGCUUCGGAUGCAGAGCUCUGCGACAUCGCAGCUAUCCUGGGCAUGCACACGCUCAUGAGCAACCAGCAGUACUACCAGGCCCUGGGCAGCAGCUCCAUCGUGAACAAGGAGGGACUCAACAGUGUGAUCAAACCUACACAAUACAAGCCUGUGCCCGACGAGGAACCAAAUUCAACAGACGUAGAGGAAACGCUGCAGCGGAUAAAGAACAACGACCCGAAACUUGAAGAGGUUAACCUCAACAACAUCCGGAACAUCCCCAUACCCACCCUCAAGGCGUAUGCAGAAGCCCUGAAAGACAACUCAUAUGUGAAGAAGUUCAGCAUCGUGGGGACACGGAGCAAUGACCCCGUGGCGUUUGCCCUUGCUGAGAUGCUCAAGGAGAACAAGGUGUUGAAGACACUGAACGUGGAAUCCAACUUCAUUUCCGGAGGCGGGAUCCUGCGCCUGGUGGAAGCUCUCCCAUACAACACUUCACUUGUGGAGCUGAAAAUUGAUAACCAGAGCCAGCCCCUGGGCAACAAAGUGGAAAUGGAGAUCGUGAGCAUGUUGGAAAAAAACGCAACGCUUCUCAAAUUCGGCUACCACUUCACCCAGCAGGGGCCCCGGCUGCGGGCGUCCAACGCCAUGAUGAACAACAAUGACCUUGUGAGGAAGAGGAGGCUCGCAGACCUGACUGGGCCCAUCAUUCCCAAGUGCCGGAGUGGCGUCUAAUGUGCAGUGGAGACGACCAUGCCUUUGAACUGGACAUGUUCUACCGAUAAUCUGCGCUCUGCCGUGGAAACCAGAAGGCAAAAUGCCGGCACAAAACCCUUAUGUGGUUCAGUUCUUUAUGCACUAAGGUUUUAGGUUAACUAGUGAUUGUAGUUGAAAAUUUUAUAAACUAUGGUUAAUGUGAAGUUUUCCUUUAGUCACAGAAGUUCACUCUGGUUAUAAUUUAAAAACUAAGAAGCCCCGAACCGGCAGAUCUUACUGAAGACGACGUAGCAGCAGUGACUCAGCCUCGGAGCCCAGUGUCGGUGGCCUUGCUGUGUGGUGUUUCAGGUGUACUUCAAACGUGUGACAUGUGGACAAACAGCACUCUUCCUCAUGGUGUAGAAGAUUACAAAAUAUUUUAUUACAAAUUUGAUCUUACCUACUUAGCAAACAGAUGAUCAUUCUUUAUUAACCCUCUUUUAAAUUUUAAGAACCUCAAGAUUAAAGCUGCCAAAGUGAUUACUGGAUCAAGAACACAAUUUUUUCCCUCGAGAAAGACAGAACAACUGAAGCCACAGAGCUCUGCCAGGAAUCAAAGAACACGAGAUUCCUUUUGCUGGAUAUGAGGAAAUGGUAGAAAAAGCCAGUGGUGAAAUUUCAAGUUUCAAAACCGUCCUUUCUUUACCAAUCCCAGGCAACAAACAGCUCCCUGAGUGUUCUUUAUGGACACCUGGGAUUUAUUUACAAUACUGGAGUCAGAAUUUUUUCCUUAUCGAAUACCAGCCUUACGAUGGAUGUGAAAACCUAUGGCCAAAUACUUGAAAACACCUUUCUAUAUUGCACGUGGGCCAAUGGCUUAUGUGAGGUAAAACACUAGAGAGAGAAAUUUCUAGUCCACUGUGGCUAUGCUUACAGACCUCAACUACCUUUCACAUCACUUAUUAGACAAGUCCCCGCUGAUUUCCUGCCUGUACAUUAAGCCUCUGAAGGCCAAUGGUGAAGAAAAUCCAGAUAUUAAAGAAUUAGAAAACCCUGGCCAAACCAUCCCAAGAUAAUUAUUCUGAACAUGUUAUUUUGGUGUUUCUGCCGGAUCCCUUUAACAUCAUGUGAACCUCUCAGGAUCCAGCAAAAAUGUUAAGCCACAAUGCCCUUGUGCCUUUUACUAUACCAUAGUGCCAGUUAAACUAGUAUUUUUGUUGCUUGGGGAAUUAUUUUCAUGAGUGAGUCAGCAAGUCUUAUGAUAAAGGACAGGCCAAAGAGCUGAUGAGCACAGACUAAGCUGCAGAGCGCAGAGCAGAGGCUUCUGAUGAAAUGGAAAAGUCUCGCACACUGAACUGUAAUGACCUGGACGGUACAGGGUAACGAGAGGUGGAGCCAGGGCCUCACCGCUAUGAAGGAGUGCCUGCUGAGGCUGCACGUGGGCCCAGAAGUGGCACCAUGCUGCAGGGACGGCCAUCCCCACGCAGCUUCUCCUUGAAACACAACUGCAGCUGUAUUCUGCAUCACUGGAAACUGCAAUAUAAUAUUAAAUCUGUUGGUCUGUGAACGGC